GUCGGACCCCACUUCGGAGUUUGGCAACUGGGCCAGCUGGGCCAACGCAAACAAACGUGGUCGCGGAGGUGGUCACGGGACUUUAGUGACUUCGCAAAAUUUCGACCUUGAACGUCCCCCACUCGGUACCCUACACUCAACCACCCGUAUCAACAGUCGAAGCGACAUGGCGAGUCGUUCUACAGCUUCUUCUCGUCCGGGCGUAUCUCCCGCACCUGCAGCGCGUGUUAAUCAGAAUUUGUUGAAAGUGCUUGGCCAAAAUAAUCGCGGAAGGAUAUUGUGUCUCGCAGACGUCAGAGGACAUCUCUCAAAUCUGAACGAGCUGGCCAGUGAGAAUGAUGUGGUGGCCAUCAUUCAUACGGGGGAUUUUGGCUUCUUCGAUUCAUCAAGCCUCAGUAGGAUAAACGAUCGAACUUUGCGCCACCUGAUCCUGUACUCCCCUCUGAUUUCGAAUGAGGAGAGGGACCAACUCCUAGCUGACGGUCAACCGCUUCAGGCUCUCCGCAACACAGUCACCACGUCAUCCCGCCCAAUUCUCUCUGAAUUUCCGAAACUGCUUUCUGGAGAAAUCAAGUUAGCCGUGCCGGUGUACACUGUAUGGGGUGCUUGCGAGGACGUAACGAUUCUGGAGAGGCUCCGUAGUGGGGAGUAUGAAAUUGAGAAUCUUCAUGUCAUUGACGAGGCAACCUCUCGCUGCUUGGAUGUGGGCGGGGUCAAACUCCGCUUACUGGGUCUCGGGGGCGCACUUGUACCUCACAAGAUGUUUGACAAUGGUGAAGGCAAUGCUACUAUUGCCGGUGGUCAGGGAACCAUGUGGACGACUGCUCUUCAAAUCGGCGAGCUUGUAGAUACUGCACAACGGACGUACGAUCAUUCGGAAACUCGUCUUCUCGUUUCUCAUGCCUCUCCUGGCCGAGAAGGGAUAAUUGCACAGCUUGCUCUGGUUCUGAAAGCGGAUCUGACCGUGUCCGCGGGGCUCCAUUUCCGUUACGCGUCAUCCUACAACGAGUUUAGCGUUCAAGGCGAUAUGGAAGGUUUCCGACAGAAGCUCUCGAGCGGCAAGGAAAGCUUCUCGCGAGUGUGGGAGAACGUUAAGACGCAGGUGGAGGCCAUCAUCGAUGAAAACCAACGUAUCUUGCUCGAGAAGUGCCUCUCCGUGGUCGAACGCGUUCCCCCUGCUCAUGGAGGAACAACCGCUGAAGAGCCCGCCUGGAAGAAUUGUUGGAACUGGAAUCUUUGUGAUGCCGCCUAUGGACACUUAAUCCUUGAUAUAAACCAGGGUAGAGUUAGUUGCGAACUCAAGAGCCAAGGUUUUAAUUACGCCUACCGUCGCAAAUCAGACCCAGCACUGCCCGUCACCAAUGUUGAAACUUCAGUAGUUCCAUCUGCACCCAUGGUUUCUUCUGACCCGCAAGGACUGUCCACAUCCUCUCAUCCAGCAAACGGGAAUGCUGAUACUGCACCGAAAACUAAUGGGGCCUCCGUUGCAUCUACGGCUCCAGGAAGUCCGACUUCAGCGACGGCCGAUAGAACGAAUAAAAGAAAGCCCAACAAGAAAGAAAAGGAGAGAGAGCGUGAAAAGCGCGAGGAAGAGAAGAAAGCUUCUCCUGCUGGGGCUAUCUCGCCUCCGCUUGAUCGCUCAAUCACCCCUGCCACUGUUGCUGCCAAACAUCCCCUUCCCCGUUCUAACGUCGCCUCACCUGCCUCACCUGCUCCUUCAUCCUCUGCACAACGCGAUCAAGGGCUUCUUUCCCCCACUGGUGAGAGCGAGAGCACUGGUGGCCGCACACCAUUGACUAGCCGGCCGCGCCGCAACCCCAACACGCUCUUCCUUGGCGGACUCCCUGUUCCUGUGACGGAGGAUGAGAUUCGAGACUUCUUUGGACCAGCAAGGGCGGGAAUCACUCACAUUAAGAUUCCGCUGAAUCAUGCAAGCCGCCAACAAAAGCCAGUCGCAUUUGUGGAGUUUGGCGACAAAGAAGUGAUGGAAGAGGGAUUAGGCAGGCAUUCUGAGAAGUUCAAAGGGGUCACCAUCGAAGUUUCUAUCGCGGAAGAUCGUUCACAGCAACGUGAUGGGCCAGGCGGUGAAAGUGGGAGAGGCCGCGGCCGUGGAGGGUUCCGGGGGUCAGGACGCGGUCGCGGGCCAUUCAACAGCCGUAAUGGUGUGGUCGCUGCUGCCGCCGCUGCAGCGAGCGGUAGGAUCCAGCCUGGCGAUGGUGUUGUCAACCAGGGAAAACCUGAUGAAAGGAAGACACCCACCUAAUGUCGUAUUACCUGUUUUUAUUAUUUUUGUUGCACACUAUCUUAAUCCGUCUCACACGCAUCCUCUCCCUUUCAGCCUAUCCGCACGCUUCAAUCCGUUUAUGUUUUGUAUGGUGGUACUGCUCUCGGUUUUCAGUUCACUGUUCUCUACAUAUAUUUGCCUCUUGCUCUGAUUCAGAAACUGGCAUGGGACAAUGCAAUAUGGUUUAAGAACAACCAGAAUGACAACUACAAUGAUAAAUUGCAGAUCUUGCGC